AUGCAGAAACGCGCAGCUUUUGGCGACCAAGGGUCCAAGGAUGGCGACGGUGGCUUCGGGCAAGGUACCCCAGAUGACAAACCUCACCGGGCGACUGCGGCUCAGCUCGCCAGUAGAAAAAUCAAGGACGUCCGCAGACGUCGAGCUCCUACACCUACAACCGGUGGUGGCUCGGAUACACCCUCUUUCAACCCCUUCGCGGGCACAGCAGCUCCGGCCGCAAACCCCGCUCCUCCCUCCACUGGGUUUACAUUCGGGCAAACACAGAAUCAGAGUCAAAGCUUCCCUGGUGCGAGCUCAGGAGCCGGCCAGGGUGGAAUGUUCUCAUCCGGCACAAAUGGACAAGCAGGAGGUCAGCCAUCAUUCAACUUCGGCGGCAGUUCAACCUCUUUCGGGGCUCAGCCGGCAAGCAACCCGUUCUCUAUAAACACCUCUUUCGGCGGAAACACUCAGCCAGCUACCAAUGGGUUCAGCUUUGGGGGAUUCAAUGCCGGAGGCUCUGGAAACCAAGCGACCCCGACUCCAGCCCCAGCUCCGGCACCGACGUUCGGUGGGUUCGGUGCCCAGCAAAACACAAGCACACCCGGCUCCGGCUUGUUCGGACAAUCUACCUCACACAUUACUUCACCCGGCGAUGAAAGCAUGCAGACUUCACCAGAUACGAAGCCCAAGGCGGACUCAGGACUUGGGACCAAGCCAGCGAUUGGAGGAUCUCCACUUGCCAAUCCUUUCUCAAGCUUGUCCGGUCAGACAGCCAGCAACCCCUUCGCGCCAAAGCCCGCUGCCACCAGUGAAACCCCCAAGCCCGCAUUCAAGCCUCUCUUCGGCGCGGCUGCGGAGUCGAAGCCGGAAGAAGCUAAGGCACAGCCAGCUGCCAGCAACCUAUUUGCGCCCAAGCCUGCCUCGGAUGCACCUGCAAGUAAUCCAUUCGCGAGCCUGUCAGGACAGACUGCAGGUGCGAGCAACCUUUUUGCGCCGAAGCCAUCAACAGAACAAACCCCCGCGAAGCCCGCGGAGGCGGCAAAGCCCUUCGGCAGUCUAUUUGGAUCGACUACAACUCCCAAGCCGGCAGAGCCUGCCAGCAAUCUGUUUGCGCCUGCAUCGGCGACAGACACACCAAAGGCAAGCAAUCCGUUCGCCAGCCUGUCCACGCCGAAGGUUCCCGAGACCGAGGGAGCUGCAAAGGCCACCGAGGCCAAACCCUUCAAUUUCUCGUUUGGUACCCCCGCGCCCUCGAAGACGCCUGAUGCCGAAAGUAGUUCGAGUGCCACACCCGCGUUCGGUAACAUGUUUGCGACGCCCAAGCCAGCCGGGGAAGAUACGAACUCUAAGCCUGCAGCCGAUCCACAGCCAUUCAAAUCCCUGUUUGGAACACCCGCACCAUCAAAAUCUACUGAGUCUAAGCAAGAUCAGAGCGCUACUCCCGCGUUCGGUAACAUGUUUGCGACUCCCAAGCCAGCCACUGAGAAUGCGGCUCCCAAACCCGCUGAGUCUGAACCCUUCAAACCUCUAUUCGGAGCGUCAGCAACCCCGAAGCCAGCCGAGACUAAGGAAGAAAAGACCUCUGAGCCUGCAAAGCCUCAGUCAUCAGGAUCAUUGUUCGGUGCCUCUCCUGCCCCAGCGAAAUCCGGGGAGGAAGGCCCGGCUCCUACGCCUAGCAAUCCAUUCGCAAGCCUGUCGGGACAAAGCUCGUUCAGCAGUCCAUUUGGGUCCAAGGCAACAGAGCAGACGACCCCGGCACAGCCUACGGCAUCUUUGUUUGGAGCCAGUACAUCGUCGAAGUCUGAAAAGGAACCAGCUCCUGCAGUGCAAAACAACAGUAGCACUUUCCAAAACCCGUUCUCCGGGGUUCCCCAAAAUACAGGAAAGAGCACCGACGCGACACACGCGCCUCCAAGUGCUCCUACAGAGCUGAAGAGUUGUUUACGUCCUUCUUCUUCUUCUUCUUCCACUCCCCCACCUUCCUCCACUCCUGCAGUUUAUCCUUACGAGGUUUCCAACACUCUCACUGCUCAGAAAGCCGACGGUCUUUUCCCCAACUCUACUACUGAUCAGACCAAGAUGUCUAUCGACAACGGUGCCGACAGUGCCCAGGACCCUAAGACUGUGUACAUGAAAAUUGCGAUGCUCACAGCUGCUUUCAAGGCACACGUGGCAGAGUGUGAUCCAUACACUGACGACAUCGACGAAUCCAUCAUUAUGUAUGCUGAGCUCCGCCGAGAGCUCGGAGUUCCCAUUGGAGCGAUCGCCCCCGAGGAAGAGGAGGCACGCGCCGGACUCGACAUGUCAGACGCUGAUGAAGCCGGUUCUGCCAACGAGGCUACUGGCGAUGCUCAAGCUUCUCCUCCAUCUUUCGACUCCCCUGCCCCCGCCGCUAAGCCAUCCUCCGGUGCUUCUGACACGGUCAACAAGUUCAAACAGUCCUUCUCGGCUCCUGGUGGCCCUGCAUCCCCUGCCCCCAUUGGAUCGUCUACUCCCGCUUCGACCCCUGCCGCUCCGCUGUCAUUCACCCCCGCCGGUGCUCCUCCCACGAAAGCCGUUCCUACUCCCGCUGCCACUGUUGCUGAGUCGUCUGGUUCAACUCCUGCGGCUCCUGCUUUCGCCAUUCCCAAGUUUGGUGGCGCUUCUGCAACCCCCAUCUCUAGUGCACCUGCGCCUGCGUUUACCGCUCCCAAGUUCGGUGGCGGUUCUGCGACCCCUAUCUCUAGCGCCCCUGCGCCUGCGUUCUCCAUUCCUCAAUUCGGCGGCGGCUCAGCUAGUGGGACUGACAUGAUGGCUCAGUUCAAGCUCAAGGCCGAGAAGUCUGCGGCUGAGGAAAAGGCCAAGAGAAAGGCCGAGGACUUCGAUUCGGAGGAUGAUGAUGAAGAAGAAUGGGAGAGAAAGUAUGCCGAGGAGCAGCGUGCUAAGCGUGCCAAACACGAGCAGGCGGCCGCGAACCGCCCUGUCUUUGUUCCCGGCCAAGGUUUCAAGUUUGGCAACGCUGAGACUGCCUCGGCUACCACCGAGUCCGCUACUGAGACAUCUGUUUCAGUGGGUGCCAGCACCUCGAGCAGCUUCCCCCCUCCGUCCAAACCCCUCUUCGGUGCCAGCACUACAUCAUCAAGCUUCGGGGGCUUCAGCGCUCCGCCUGCAUCUGCACCUCUCGCUGGUGACAAGCCUUCCGCUACAUCCACCUCUCUCUUCUCCACAAGUUCAGCCCCAUCCUCGACUUCUGCCGUUUUCGGGACUUCGCAGCCAAUUCCAUCCUCGCAAAACAUCUUCGGUGGUCUCAAGCCAUCCCAGCCCAAACGGAAGUCCUCCGUCGACGCCAGCGACGAUGAGGCUGAAUCCUCUCCCAGGAAGAAGCAGGCCUCGCCUCCCGCUUCUACCGGCGGUCUCUUUGGGCGUGUUUCAAACCCGACUACACCCUCACUGACACCUCCUGCCACCAACCCAUUCGGCGCGCCUCCUGUUGCGGAAGCACCCAAGGCCCCCUCUGCUCAGACUGCCCCUGCUACCAGUCCUUUCGGUGCAUCACUUGGCUCUGGCACACCCAAAAGUGCCCCUGUCGAGGCCACCUCCGCUCCCUCCGCUCCAUCAGCCUCAACUGCUGCUGGUGCCGAAGAUGGUGAAGGGGAGCCUGGAGAGAUUUUCGACCUUGCCAAGGGUAACGUCGGUGAAGAGGAUGAGACUGUCGUUCAUGAACAACGAUCUCGCACCUUCAAGCUCGACAAGGGCUCCUGGGUGCCUCAAGGCGUUGGCAUCCUCCGCCUUCUGAAGCACCCCGAAACUGGCCGGUCUCGCAUGGUCAUCCGUGGCGACCCUAGUGGUAAUGUCAUUCUGAACACGCUUCUGAAAAAGGAGCUUGACUACAACCUCGGCUCCCUCAGUAUUCAGCUCAUGGUCCCCGGGGAAGAUGGAGUCGUGACCCAAUACGCGGUUCGCGUUAAAAAGGAACACCUGCAGGGUCUGUUUGACAAGAUUCAAGGGAUCAGGUAUUAA